AUGCGCUAUCAUUCAGCAAUCCCAGUUUUUCUGUACAUAUCAAAGACCUGGGAAAGUCCAGUCCCAGUAUAUUCAAUAUCCAACCAAGACAAAACCCAAGACAACAUCCCAGACGUCUUCACCAAGCUAUUCGACACCAUACAUCAACUAAACCCCCAGGACAACAUAACCAGUAGCCUAACGGAGCUCAAAACUCGAAUAUCCUCCAUAGCCCUGGGCAAAACAACCCCAAUUCAAAACCUAACCACAGCCCUAACAACCCUCUCAACCCUCCCCUACCCUCCCACCUCCAAACCCCUCGACAGAGCCCUAACCCUCGCCCGCAACAACCUAGUCCCAACCAACAUCCUCGACAUCCUCCAAGAACAAACAAACAACCCCAUAAACUCAAUAAACAACACAAACCCCAUACCUCCCAACCCCCCAAUCUACCCAAACAAGCACCCCACCGACGCACCAUACUCCCUCCCAGAGAGCGCCCUCCGCUCCGCAAUCCACAUCCCCAAGACCUUCACCUACGACACAGCCAACAAAACCCCCAUCCUACUAGUUCCAGGCACAGGCUCUCCAGCCGGAAGCACCUACCAAUUCAGCUUCACGAAGCUAUUCAGCCAGCACGCACACACAGACCCGGUAUGGGUGAACAUACCGGGCAACUCACUCGACGACAUCCAAAGCAACGCCGAGUACGUCGCAUAUGCAAUCAACUACAUCUCAGCGGUAAGCAAGCGGGCCAUCGGGGUAGUGUCGUGGUCGCAGGGCGGGAUAGACGUGCAAUGGGCGCUGAAAUACUGGCCGUCGACGCGGGCGAGCGUGACCGAUUUCAUGGCUAUCAGCGCGGACUUUCACGGCACGGUCAUGGAUGUGCUGUGCGCGGUUCCGUCGCUGUUCUGCACGCCGGCGAUUGCACAGCAGGGGUAUAGGGCGCGGUUGGUGGGGGCGUUGAGGGGGGAGGGGGGCGACUCAGCGUAUGUGUCUACGACGAGUGUCUACUCUGGGUUUGAUGCUGUUGUCCAGCCGCAGAGUGGGGGGGAGUGGGCUUCGGGGUUUCUGGGGGAUGAGAGGGGGGUCGGGGUUGAGAAUGUUCUUGUUCAGGAUGUUUGUAGAGGGAUGGAGGGGGGAGGGUAUUAUUCGCAUUCUUCUGUGCUUGUGCAUCCGUUGGCGUUUGCGCUUUUUGUGGAUGCUUUGGAGCAUGAUGGGCCUGGGAGGGUGGAGAGGGUUGAUUUGGAGGUGGUUUGUGGUAUGUCUCUUGCGCCUGGGCUUGGGCUGGGGGACUUUCUGGGCACGGAGGUGAUGGGGGAUAUUGUUGGGCCUCUGAAUACUUUGUUGUUUCGACAUGGGUCGAAUAUUGAGCCGGCACUCAGGGGCUAUGCUUCUAAAUGA